ACACCUAAAUGAAGCGAGCAGGAUGCAGGAACAGGGAUGCUGAUGCUCUUUUGUUUGUGAAACAGUGGAUCCUGGGCUACUAAACAGGAAAAAAAAAAAACAGGAAUGAUGCUUUUUGCUGUGCGCGAGACGACUUUUCAGGGACGCAUCAUGAAAAGUCAGCAAGGGAACCCUUCAUCAUCGCGAGAAGCGCAUGCAGUUUCACAUUGUAGCCUGAACAAACCGUGAGAGUGAAGUAUUGCCAGUUAGUGAACGGGAGAAAUGGGAUUUUGCAACUUUUAAGGAAGUAUUAAGGGCGCGCGCGGGUGUGUGAGCGCGAGAAAGAGAGACAGAGCGCGCGCGCGCGGGUGGGUGAGAGCGCGAGACAGAGAGACAGAGCGCGCGCGGGUGUGUGUGUGAGAGGGUGUGAGCGCGAGACAGAGUGCGCGCGGGUGUGUGAGCGCGAGACAGAGAGACAGAGCGCGCGGGCGGGUGUGUGAGAGGGUGUGAGCGCGAGACAGAGCGCGCGGACGGGCGGGUGUGUGAGAGCGAGACAGAGAGACAGAGCGCGCGCUCGCUCGCUCGCUCCGGGACACGGGUGAAGUUCGGGUCAUGCCGUCUCUGCACCAUGGCGCCGUGUUCAUUGGCGUCUUCCUCAUCGUCACCGGGGGCUCGACCGCAUUCCUGACGUCUAGCCAGAGCAAACUGCAGGCGUUCAGCCUGUGCUGUGUGGUCCUGGGCGCAGUCAUGCUCAUCCUUGGGCUCUUCUGGGCCAUGAACAGCAAGAGCCACCAGGGCUCCUACACUAAUGAAUACACGCACGACUAUGGGCACGUGCUGUUCAGCCCACCGCCCGGGAGCCACUUCCCGGAGUCCCAGUCCGUCUUCAUGCACAGAACUUUGGAAAGGCAAAGACGAGGGAUGUACGGGGACGAUUUUGACUACCCUCCUAUGGAGACAACAUGGAGCCCAGCUGCUCGAGGACCACCCCCCCACUGGGAGACGGAACCACCACCUCCGUAUGAAGUGGCCAUCAAAACCACAUGCAGCUCCACAAACAUGCGACGCAGUUACUCGGACACACUGUUGUCCACUGAGCCGCUCUUCAGUCGAUCCCGUGAAAUCAGCUUUGAAGUGUAAGGCUUGUGCUGUCAGCGAGCCAUUAGGCUGCACUCAUUCACUGCAGCCAGCAACUAGCAUGGAGUAUGGCUCGCCCAAGGAACACACACACACUCCAAGUGUGCUUCAGAAACCUUUAGCACUGAAGCUACCUUUUUUUUUUUUCUGACGAGUUCCAUUUUGAAUAUUUGUCAAAAGAGAAAUUAUGUAACCUUAUCAAGUGGCAACAUCCCGAUGAGUAUUUAAUAUCUGCUGUUUCCUUCUUUGAAAUGUGUUCUUUUAUAAUUACAGUACUGGUCAAAAGUUCGGACACGCCCUUUAAUUCAAUGGAUGUCGUUUCUCUUUACUUAGUAGAGCAGUUCUUGAUAUAAUAUGGAUUAGUAUA